AAUAAGAAGAACUGCUGCAAAUAAGCAAGCCGUAGUCUUCGAAGUUAGCUCUCGGCAGGUGCAAAGAAAGAGAACCAACAAAUUUUAAAUAUUUGUUGCGAUCCACGAUACGUGAUUUUUACUUAAUCCGACGUCGUCCAAUAUGUCUGUGAUGGGUGAACCGAGCUUCGCCGCCUGGUCGGCCCAAAGGGCCAUGUCCGGUGGGUUUGGCGGUAACAUUACAGUCGUAGAUAAAGUACCUCCAGAAAUGCUACACAUGAUAUCACCACAUUGGUAUCAGUUUCCACCCAUGAACCCAUUAUGGCACGCCAUUCUGGGAUUCAUGAUCGGAGUACUCGGCUUCGUUUCCAUCACUGGAAAUGGCAUGGUGGUAUACAUUUUCAGCAGUACGAAAUCUCUGAGAACUCCUUCUAAUCUUUUGGUGAUGAAUCUCGCGUUCUCUGAUCUCUGUAUGAUGUUCUGCAUGUCUCCUACUAUGGUUAUUAACUGCUACUACGAAACUUGGGUUCUCGGUCCAUUCAUGUGCGAGCUGUACGGAAUGUUUGGCUCCCUGUUUGGCUGUACAUCCAUUUGGACUAUGACUUUGAUUGCUCUGGACCGUUACAACGUCAUUGUUAAAGGAUUAAGUGGAAAACCUUUGACAAUCAAGACUGCACUCAUAAAAAUAAUCUUUGUUUGGUUAUUUGCAAGUGGUUGGACACUUGCACCAUUAUUCGGAUGGAAUAGAUAUGUGCCAGAAGGAAAUAUGACUGCUUGUGGUACUGACUAUUUGAAUACAGAAUGGUUUCACAGAAGUUACAUCCUAGUUUAUUCUGUUUUCGUUUACUUCUUGCCACUCUUCACAAUUAUAUACUCAUACUGGUUUAUUGUGCAAGCUGUUUCUGCCCACGAAAAAGCUAUGAGGGAACAAGCUAAGAAGAUGAACGUUGCUUCUCUGAGGUCAUCCGAAAAUGCUCAAACCAGUGCUGAGUGCAAACUGGCAAAGAUCGCCCUCAUGACGAUUUCAUUAUGGUUUAUGGCUUGGACACCAUACUUAGUGACCAACUUCUUGGGCAUUUUCCAAACUGGAAAUCUAUCUCCUCUGCAAACCAUCUGGUGUUCGCUUUUCGCCAAAGCCAAUGCCGUCUACAAUCCUAUCGUCUAUGGAAUAAGUCAUCCUAAGUAUAGACAAGCUCUUCAUGAGAAAUUUCCGGCGUUGGCCUGUGCAAGCACACCUGAAGCCGAUACUAAAUCUACGGCCACUGGUGCAACAAAUACAACAGAAGAAAAGCCAACCUCUUAGAUUGUCUCAUUUUUCCUUUGGUAUAUAAGUACAAACAAAGGACGAAGUAACGGACGGCAAAUGACGUUUUAGAUUUUUUUUUUGUUAAUAAUAAACCCUUGCAAUGUGA